UGUAUUGUCAAUGUUUUGUCAUAAAUCACCAUUAUCUUUGGCUUCCCGUAAGUCUGUGAGAGUUGAAGAUAUUUAUGAACCAGUUUGGUUUGCAUACCAGCUUAUGGAAUCAUUUCUUUUGCUGAUAUAUACCAACAAGACUGGUUUGAACUCAGAUACGCAAUCAAGAUCAUCAGAAACAGCUGGCGAAGAAAUUAUUGAUGAAGCCAAGGAGACAGAAAAUUAUAACAGCGUGGCAGGUUCCUCGACUCCUGCAUCUACGGUUUCUUCACCAUCUACAAGUAAAUCUAAGGAGAAACCUCAUCGUCGCACUGCUUCGAAUAUAGCAGAACAGCAAAUGGCCACAGCAUUUGGUCAGUUAACGAAUAUAUUUAGUCAAUGUCCAUAAUGUACAAAUUCUGAAGAUGAUGAAUGUGAUCUGUAUGCUAAGCUACUAGCCAAAAAGAUAUGGGAACUUACUCAAGA